CUGGCUGGAACGAGGAAUAGCCCAAUGGGCCCAUCAACGGGGAUCAAUCCCAGAUCGACCGCGCAUCAAGCGAGCGAGCGCUUUACCACUGGGCUAUGCUCCGCCCCCAUCUACACCAAUAAACUAUUACUAAUAAACAAUACACUAUGCCCCGCCCCCAUCUACACCAAUAAACUAUUGAUAAUAAACAAUACACUAUGCUCCGCCCCCAUCUACACCAAUAAACUAUUACUAAUAAACAAUACACUAUGCCCCGCCCCCAUCUACACCAAUAAACUAUUGAUAAUAAACAAUACACUAUGCCCCGCCCCAUCUACACCAAUAAACUAUUGAUAAUAAACAAUACACUAUGCCCCGCCCCCAUCUACACCAAUAAACUAUUACUAAUAAACUAUACACUAUGCCCCGCCCCCAUCUACAUCAAUAAACUAUUACUAAUAAACUAUACACUAUGCCCCGCCCCCAUCUACACCAAUAAACUAUUGAUAAUAAACAAUACACUAUUCCCCGCCCCCAUCUACACCAAUAAACUAUUGAUAAUAAACAAUACACUAUUCCCCGCCCCCAUCUACACCAAUAAACUAUUGCUAAUAAAACAAUACACUAUGCCCCGCCCCCAUCUACACCAAUAAACUAUUGCUAAUAAACAAUACACUAUGCCCCGCCCCCAUCUACACCAAUAAACUAUUGCUAAUAAACAAUACACUAUGCCCCGCCCCCAUCUACACCAAUAAACUAUUGCUAAUAAACAAUACACUAUUCCCCGCCCCCAUCUACACCAAUAAACUAUUGCUAAUAAACUAUACACCUGUGAAUUAAUUAAGCACCGCCUGAAAUGCAUUGCAGCCAAAAAGGGGCCAAGAAGUAGUUGUCCGUACAGACGAGGUUUAAACGUGGUAUUGAGAGUUUUUAUAUAUAUUCUGUAUCUCCUGGGUAUUUACCGUGUUCACAUGAAUAACUUACCUUUGAGAAGCACAGCAGUGUGAUUUUAGCUCCAGAGUUAAUAACCAAACAUGUUCAUGCAUAUUUACGGCUUCUGUCUCUUUCCCUAGAAUAUAUUAAAUAUUGAUAUAAUGACAAUCUUACUUGCUGUCAAUCUUUUCUUUUUCAAUAUCCUCUGUACACACAGAACAUUAAUUUCAGUGUUUGUCAUCCAUGUCAUGGUCACAAUUACUUGCGAAGUACAAGCCAUACGAAUCAUAUUAUAUGAUCAGUACUAAGUGGUGCUUAAUACAUUUCCAGGGCCUCUUUUUACGAACCGAUCUGAGCGCAAAGAUAAUGUAGUUAUGCACUUACGGUAAUCGUAGCGCUAAGAUCGCUUCGUGGAACGCAUUCUGAUCUCGAUUCUUGCAGCAAGCGAUGAAGCAAGACGUGUGUGCCUGCUCUCUUGAGUUACCCCCCCCCCCCCCCACCUGGGGGGACUCAUUGCUAGUUACGGGAAGUUAAUGGAAUACCGCGUCACGCACACCGGGUCACGGGCAACCGUGACCUUGGUGUACGGUGACCCGGUUACAAAGCCAACCAGGAAGAGAAGAAGGAGGAAGACGGACGCGCCAGGGGCGGACCUGGGGUGGACAAAACCGGCAGCUCAACUGCCGGCGGCGACCUUUCCCGUAGUUCACCCCCAGCACCGGUCUACACCAGCGAGGCCAGACGAUCCAGCCCAGCCGGAUCUACCUGUCGACUUGCCAGAGGCGGACCCCGACCUGAACCAGGCCGUGAUGGAAUCGCCCCCCACAACUCCACAGACUUCAGCUCCCGGGACUCCAGCGUUGCCACCUACACCUAGGAAGAGUGCCGCCGUAGAGUCCCAGGCCCGUCUUGUGGCCGUUGGAAAGCGGAAAGCGAUUGCGUCCCCAGGCGACCAACCAGUCAAGCCAAGCCCGCCGACUCAACCGCCGACACCGCCUACAGUUUCAGCAGAAGAUCCGCCCUCUGGACAGCCUUGGUCAAUCCAGGCCGGCAAGUUACCAACUCGCUACUCCAGGCUCAUCAAGACUAACAUUGGGGAUGUUCGUCGGCUACUCUGUGAACCCAGACAGGAAACGUACGAACCUCUACCACUAACCGAUGGAGAAUACACGGUGCGCAGGAUCACGAUGCAGGAUGGGCGUGGGAUUUGUCUCACCGUCCGCCGGAGGGGACUUUUCCACCAAGGACUGCUGCUCGAUGAAAUGGACAACCCGACCAUCCACCGCGUCAUAAAGACCGUUGCCGGGGAAGACUACCGUCCUAUCACCGAGAUUAUCGCAGAGUCCACAUACCGGCAAGCCCACCACCAUCUUGAUGCAUCCCUGUUCAUCGUUUCUCCUUGACGACAUCCCCGCUAACAACCUUUCCUGGGACAGGUGACCAAUGGGCUUUUCAGACUGUCCAUGGGCCUCGAUGAGGUUUAUACAUGUACCACACCGACCGUCGGUCAGAAGGGAAGUUACCCCAGCCCACCUGCACUAGUCUUUCCUAGACUACUACUUUGACGAUUUCAACAGUGAACUACUUUGUGGCUUGAAAAUAUAUAUAUUAGUCAGCUGUCAGGGGACAUUGGAAAGAAUUGUUUGAGUAUAAUAAACCUGUUCUGUUC